UCCUCAGAUACACCAAAACACUAAUAUCCCAACAAAUUUCAAGAAUCUAUCUUUAUGGCCUCAACGAUGCCGAAAACAAGCACUUCCGGUGCCGGAAACGAGCAGCAACCUAAACGACUACAGAGACGAGCUCCAUCUUUAAAGAUCGAGCUUGCGUCGGUUAGUACGUGGAACGUAGCCAUCCCUCUCCUCUCGCCUCUUGCUUCUUCCCCCAAAAUUUCCUUCGACCAAUUCAAUGUUCCUCCGCCGCAGAACCGGAUUGAGAAACCGACGGAGGAGGAGAAGAAGACGCCGGUUUUCAAGAAGUGGCAACAUCCAGCGUCGCCGUUCUGCUACGAGCAGGCGGCGUUUGUCCCACCGUUCAUCCCGGUUUAGAAACGGUUCAAACUCGUAUAGAUUUAACGAUCCAACGCGCAUUUAACUAUUUUUCACCUUUUUGUAGAUCUAACAACUCAUAAUUUUCUCCUCUUUUAUGUUUCUAUACCAUAAAAAAAAUUUUUUACUCAUAUAUUAAUGAAUAAUUGCUAUA